CUUCGCCAGCCAAGCAGCGAGCUAAAAUGGAUGAUAUUGUGGUGGUGGCCCAAGGGACUCAGGCGUCACGGAACGUCAGCAGUGACCCAGAUGUCAUAAAACUGCAGGAAAUCCCCACUUUCCAACCUCUGUUGAAAGGUCUUCUCAGUGGGCAAAUGUCUCCGACCAACAUUAAGCUAGAGAAGUUGGAUUCUCAGCAAGUUCUCCAGCUGUGUCUCCGGUACCAGGAUCACCUUCACCAGUGCGCGGAAGCCGUGGCCUUUGACCAGAAUGCUUUAGUCAAGAGGAUCAAAGAGAUGGAUCUUUCCGUAGAGGCACUGUACGCGUUGAUGCAGGAGCGCCAGAAAAGGUACGCCAAGUACGCUGAGCAGAUCCAGAAGGUCAACGAGAUGUCGGCCAUCCUCCGCCGCGUCCAGAUGGGCAUUGACCUAACCGUCCCGCUGAUGGAGAGGCUGAACGGCCUGCUGCCGGAGAACGAGCGGCUGGAGCCCUUCUGCAUGAAGCCGGACAACAGGGAGCUCAGAUCGUAGCUUCCGUUCGCCCGGC